AUGCCACGCCAAGUACCAAUACGAACGAAGGCUGGUAAGAAGGACGCGAAAUUGGCAUCACAUGAGGCCAUUGAUGAGACCCUAAUUGAGAAUAACGUCCAAGAUGACACUUAUGAGAUCCAGACUGUAGCUGAUGCUAAUGUUGGCGAUCCAAGUCAUGUGAAUCAAGACGAUAUUGAUAUUCCUCAAUCUGGUCAUGACAAUGGCUCUGUUAGUAUAGAACAACAUGGUACACAAGAAGACGGUAUUAAAUUUGAACACGCAAAUAACCAUGAAGCCGAUGCCAUGAGUGUAGAUGGUAAUGCCGACGCCGAUUCAAAUGACAAAGUGAACGCGGCAGCUGUAGCAGCUGCUGAGGAAGAAGCCCGGGCAGAUGCUGCUACUGCAGCAGCUUUAUCAUCUCAUAUCAAUGGUACAUCUGAGGAUGGAGACAAUGUUUAUGACUCGAGUCCCGGUCCUUCUGGCAAGGGCACAAAGAGAGCCGGAUUCACGAAUCGUGAGAAAAAGGCGUUACGUGAAUGGGCCAGCAUGCAAGACCCCAAGCCUAGUCAGAAACAAUGCAUUGACUGGUUUUAUCAAAAGUUUAAUCGUCGAAUUAGUCAAUCGGGUGUUUCCCGUUGUCUAAGUGAGAAGAACAAACAUCUCGAUGAAGGUGUUAUUAACGAUACCUCAAUUAGAAACAGAUAUGGUAAAUAUCCGGUGCUAGAAGAUAUGCUUGUGGAUUGGCAGUUAUACCAAUCGAAAACCGGCGGCGCAAUUACUGCUGCUUUGCUACUUAAAAAAGCUAGAGAAUUGUGGUAUAGGAUCCCCGAGUAUCGAGAUCUGGAACCCGAGUUCAACUACAGAUGGCUGGAUCGGUUUCGAAAACGAAACAACAUCGAAUAUACAGCCGGUAGAACAACCACGAAUGUAUCUGUGGCAUCAGCAGAGGGGGAUGCUUCUAGCAGGAGAAGUCUUACCGGAGUACAGAAGCCAAUUGUUAACAACUCUCUGAAAAAGAGAGCCUCAAAUGUGAUUGAUAAUCUUGCUGAAGCUACAGGUGAGGACACAGCUAGCACUACAGCUGGUAUUGCAAGUUCUGUAACCACUACAGUACUGCCACCACUAUCAGCCGAUCCUUCCAUUGCUAAUACAGAUCCUGCUCUGUUCGAUAGUCUGGCAGAAGGGUCAGCAACCAGUUCUACUACCACUGGAAUCCCUGGUGGUCAGCCGACUUUUGAAGGAGAUAUCGAAAAUACUCGUAGUUUUACUGAUCCGGAAUCGGCUAUCGAGAGUUUGCGCGAUUUGCAAGUUCUCUGCUCAACAUAUGAUCAGUCGAAUAUUUAUACUGUUAUGGAGACGGGUUUUUACUGGAGAAAAUCACUAUCAGCAUCAAGCUCGAUUCCAAGUCUUCUUCCUAGGCAUCCUCUUUCAGGAUUUAGCGGACGCAAUGGGGACACUGAUGGUUCUGAUGCGACUCACGGCGAUGUAGAUGCUGCCACCGCGGCGGCAGUAGCACUUGCUGCAGCUACUGCAGCUGCUGGCGGUAUCCAAAACAGCACUCAGAGUUCUUCUAAUGAUCACAACGGUGAAUCAUCCAGCGCUAUUCAGGAUGAUGAUAUUAACCCGGAACUCGCUGCCAUGCAACAUGCAGCAGCUGCUGUAGCUGUUGCAAAUGCUACUGGAGUAACUUCACCAGAAUCAACAAGUGUAGCAGACCAUACUUCUGCUCAAGAAGUCGCAAGAUCUGUUUUGGCACAGCAGAAUCAUCAUGGACACAACAACCACGACCAGUUAGUCGGCCAAGUUGACGAGUCAACCGCUGGUGCUAGAUUGAACCCUGAUGCAAAAUCUGAAAAGUUUACAGUGUUGAUCUCUUCAAAUUGUUCGGGUAGUGACAGAAUUCCACUACAUAUUGUUUCGCCUGACAAACCCCGAUCACUUCACAAUGUCAACUUGGCAGCUUUAGGUGCUACUUGGAUCACCCGCCGCGUACCUGGCCUUGAUGUGUUUACAAUGAGAAAAUGGCUUACUGAUUUCAUAGCACAUAUUCGAGAGAAGUUUGGAAGCAGGUCGAAGAGAUAUCUUUUAAUCCUCUACCGUAAUGCUGUCCAUGAAGACGCUGUCAAAUUAGUGAAUUUUCCUGAAAACAUCCGUGUAGAGUUCAUUAACCAGAGGGAUCACGAGUCAGGUGGUUUGCCUUUAGAACAAGAAAUUGUUCAGAGAUGGAAACUCAACUAUUCUUACCACUGGCUUAAAUAUGUUCUCGAUUCGCUAAAUGGUGCUCAUGGUGUUGAGCAAGAUCCAGUUGAGACUGUGAGAGUUUCGGAUUGUAUUCAAUGGGCAGUACAAUCAUGGUAUCAUGAAAUUUCUAAUGGUGUUUUCAGAAACGCUUUCCUGUCGAGUGCCUUGUGUCGUGUAGUCAGUCAGCUUGAACCAGUUGAAGCCCUGCCUAAUAUUGACCUCUUAUAUCAGGCCAUCAAACACACGGGACAUAUCCCAGACAUAUUGGAUGUCGAUUCAUUUUUGAACUCUGAUUUCGAGCUUCCUGAUAUCGUUGAAGAUAACGAAGGCGACCUAUUAGACGCCAUUGUGGAGCGUCGUCUUGGACGAGGCAAAAACAACGUUGCUACGGAACCAACGUUUGCAUCGUUAAUUGAAGAUUCUGCCGAAAUUGAUGAUACUCCUAGUGAUAUUUUGUCAGUUGAACAAGCUUCACAGUACAUGAAUGAGUUGAUUAGAUGGGCAGUACAUCAGCGCAGUUUGUCAAAAAGUGAGAUCUUUCCAUUGUUGGGCUUACAGUCAUUUAUCAAACGGAGACAAGCAGAAGAAUUCAUGCGAGCGGAAGAAGCCGAAGCCACCACUGCUGCUGCCGCUGUUGCUGUCGCCGCUGCCGCCGCUGCAGCAGCAGAUGGUUCUGUAAACUAG